AUGGAGCAGCAGCAGCAGCAGCAGCAGCAGUUCCCGGUCCCGGUCCCGGCCUGCAGCAGUGGUCCCGCCGCCAGCCAGCCAGCCAGCCAGCCAGCCAGCCAGCCAGCAGCCCUCCGGUGCCAGCAGCAGUCCAGCCAGCAGCAGUCCAGCCAGCGGCAGUCCAGGCAGCAGCAGCAGCAGCAGCAGCAGCAGCAGCAGCAGCCGCAGCCGCCCCGGCCCCGUCCGCGGCAGCAGCGUUCCUGCCUCUCGCCGUCGCCGUUCGCCGUCGCCUGGCUAGGAGUCAGCCGACUGCAGUUCUUUCCUGACACCUAUGAGCCCACUACAACGACUGACUUUCUGGGCACCACGCAGAUUUCUCAGGCACAGCAGGACGCAUGA